AUGGAUGUGACAAGGUCGUCCAGUUACAUCGCGAUAGGGCUGUCCAGUAUUGUUAUAAUCUCCACUCUGUCAUAUAUACCUUAUAUGCUGAACAGAAUCGACAAUGUAUUGGACUCGAUGAAGAUCCAUAACGACGAAUUCCAAGAGGUGGAGACAGCUGUUCGCAUGGAGUUCAAAAAAAUAUAUGCAAGCGGAGUGAUUCUGCGUGAACGACGUCAAGCAAAAGAGGGCGUGUGUUUGUGUGAAUCAGGAAACGCUUGUCCGUCUGGUGCCAAAGGUAUGCCUGGCCUACCUGGAUUAGAUGGGGAACAUGGUAAACCCGGAACUCCCGGAGAACCCGGUCCAGUUGGAAUCGCUCUAGAUCAAAUCAAAAUAGAGUUUAAAGGUAAUUGCCGACAGUGUCCACCAGGCCCACAAGGUCAGAGAGGAUAUAUGGGUCCUACCGGAGAGCCUGGACCAAUGGGCGCUGAAGGCAUGCCGGGUAUGCCAGGCCGUCCAGGAAGUCCAGGAACGCAAGGAAUGCCAGGAGAAAACGGAACACCAGGAAAGAAUGGAAAUCUGGGAGAACCUGGGCCACCUGGAAACGAUGGCGUUAGGGGGGAGAAGGGUCCAGUUGGGGAAAAAGGGCCAACAGGAGAAGGCGGACCCAAAGGACCACCAGGCUAUUCUGGCAGAGAUGGCGGUCCUGGACCGAUGGGACCACCAGGGGAGCCUGGCCCAGCAGGACAGCCUGGAAAUCCUGGCUUCCCCGGUUUAGUAGGAGCAGGUGCUAAUGAGGGUGGACCUGGAGAAGAUGCGAGCUACUGUAAAUGUCCAGCACGGAAACGCGUUGUCUCGGCCCUGAAAACCAAGGCUACAGCUGCUUAG